UGUUGAGCCAGACUCGCCGACCAAGCACGGUCAGCGUCAACACGCAUUUCUGUCCUGCUGAAAGUUACAAAAACGUGUAGCAACACUGAAAAUGCAUACAGUCUUUUCACGAACGCACCGUCCACAUUUUCUCGGGAAAGCAGUCGACUGUGUGGCCAGAGUCCAUGUUCCAAGUGGUACCAUGUGUCAGAAGGCAGCAGUGAAACACCCAUCAUCUCAGAUGCCCCCAUGUGACUAUAAGCCUGAUUCAUACCAGGGAAUGUCUAAGGAGCGUUUGCUGGAGAUCAGGAAGCAAAACUGUCACCCCAUGACUAUGAAGGUGACAUACUACAGGCAGCCUGUGUUUAUUCAUCAGGGCCACAUGCAGUGGCUGUGGGAUGUGGACGGGAAGCGUUAUCUUGACCUGUUCGCUGGGGUGGCUACUGUCAGCGUCGGACACUGCCACCCGAGAGUAAAUGAAGCAGCAGUGAAGCAGCUGAAGCAUCUGUGGCACACCACGGCCAUCUACAUCCACCCUCAGAUUCAGGAAUAUGCAGAGAAACUCGUCUCCCUUCUGCCUGAACCACUAAAGGUAGUUUACCUGACAAACAGUGGCUCGGAGGCUAAUGACCUGGCUAUGCUCAUGGCACGACUGCAUACAGGCAACUAUGAUAUCAUCACACUAAGAGGCUCCUAUCAUGGUGGCAGUCCUAUGACGAUGGGUCUGACGUCAAGGACAGAUUACAAAUACCCUGUGGCCUCUGGUUUUGGCUGCCAUAAUACCAUGUGUCCUGAUGUGUUCCGGGGUGUGUGGGGAGGGAGCCACUGCAGAGACUCUCCUGUUCAGACCAUCAGAGAGUGCAACUGCUCAGCAGGUCACUGCCAGGCCAAUGACAGGUACAUUGAGCAGCUGAAGGAAAUGUUUGACACAACUGUCCCCCAUCGCAUCGCUGCUUUCUUUGGAGAGCCCAUCCAGGGAGUCGGUGGAGCCGUCCAGUACCCCAAAAACUACCUGAAAGAGACGUACAAGCUUGUGCGGGAAAAAGGUGGAAUCUGCAUUGCAGAUGAGGUCCAGACUGGCUUUGGGCGCACAGGAAGUCACUUUUGGGGCUUUCAGGGUCAUGACAUCAUUCCAGAUAUGGUUACUAUGGCGAAAGGCAUAGCUAACGGAUUCCCUAUGGGAGCUGUGGUCACUACAGAAGAAAUCGCCAGACCAUUUGGAAAGGGGCUCCACUUCAAUACAUUCGGUGGAAACCCCGUUGCCUGUGCCAUAGCGUCCUCUGUGCUGGAUACAAUUGCAGAGGACAGGCUUCAGGAAAACUGUGCUAUGGUGGGAACAUACCUGCUGACUGAACUAGCCAAGCUGAGGGAUAAAUACGAGAUCAUCGGGGAUGUCAGAGGAAAAGGCCUGCAGAUCGGGGUGGAGAUGGUUACAGACAAAGCGAGUUGUAAACCCCUCUCUCCAGAAGCCAUGGCUGAAAUUUUUGAAGACACCAAGGACAUGGGUGUGCUGAUUGGCAAAGGAGGGAUUUAUGGGCAGACGUUCCGGAUAAAGCCGCCCAUGUGCAUCACGAAAGACGAUGCAGACUUCUUCCUGGCCGUGUUUGACCAGGCCCUGCAGAACUACAUGGACAGAAGAUGAGACCACAGAUGAAUUUUGGGUCUUAUAGAAAAUGAUAAUAUAGGGAAUCAACUGCUAAGCUAUAUCUUCUCCCAAAACCGGCAGAUCAGCACUGGCCCCAACUGUCUGAUUCUGUUUCAGGCAGACAUUAGAAACAUCUGUAGAUAAUCUAUAGGGGACUAUCCAAAUAAAGUGAGACCCAAGAUUUGAGCAAUGACUGAUUUUUCUCAGAAAUGUUGUAUUAAGUUUGUCCUCAUUAAAUCAACUGAACUGGCUUAACUGAAACCUCAGAAUUUCCAUCAAAUAUCCAUCUUAUAAAUUGCACUUAAUUCUAUGAAUGUAUAACAGGAAGACUUCAGAAGAUGUACACACAUUCUUUACCUUCUGUUCUUGCUUUUAAUGUACAGGACAUAGUGGACUAUUAAUACCCAGAGAAGAAUGUUGCAGAGGAGAGGGAGGGGCCAUUCAAAUGUCUUUAGAUGUCUUUCUUUCAAUAACUGUAUUUGUUUUUUAUUAAGCGAGGUCAUUUGUGAUAUGCAGCUAAGGAUUUCAAAAUGUUAGAACUGGCUUUGCUAUGCUACUGCUAACCUCAGUAAUUUGUUCAGUGCAAAACCAUGUCCGAUUUGAAACAGUACUAUUAAAGGAGCUAUUAAACCACCGUGAACAAAUAUGA